UGCCUUGCCACCAAUUCUUUCGCUCCCCUCCUCUCCACUCCCUCCCCAUCCUUUUCUCACUCUCCCCUUCCCUUCGACAAAUACUCCAAAAUAGCCAUGGGAGCCAAGAAGAAGACAAAAUCCAGCAGCGAUGUACAAGAACCGAAGGCUACACCUCCAGAGGUGAUGACGGCACUGCCAGCGAACCACAAGAACGCAGCAAACGUCUUACUCGGAUCCCUUGCGGAGCUCGAGGAUAUGCUCGCACCCUUGUUUGCGACAAAGUCAUCCUUGUCAGAGACACUCGCGAAACUCGAUAUCGAGAAGCGGUGUCAGCUCGAGUUGUUGAUGGCCUAUACUAUCAAUACCCUUGCCUUCAUCAACUUGAAGGCAAACGCCAAGGCCCCUUCAUCUCACCCCGUCAUGCAGGAAUUGAAACGAAUCCAAGUGUACAUAGAACGGUUCAAGAAGGCCACUUCUCCAGGCCACAACCGCUCAGCUAUGGAGGUCGACAAAGCUGCAGCCGCACGGUUCAUUAAAGGCGCAUUGGUAGCGAAUGAGAUCGCAGAUCGCAAAGCCGCCGCCGAGGCUGCAUCAGGGGAAGAUGCAGAACCAGAGGAACCAGUGUGGGCAGAACCAGAAGGAACACACACGCGGUUCUUGGAGGAUGAGGGGUUGGGCUCGGAGGAUGAUAUGGACAAUACGCCGGCACCAGUGGUGGCAUCAAACACAGCAGGUGUGGGAGCAGGAUCAUCACCAUCAGGAGCAGGAACAGUAACAGAAGCAGGAGCAGAACCCUCAACAUCUCGCAGGAAGCGCAUGGAUCCGUUUCAAGGAUAUGAAGAUGGACAGAAGAAACCGAAGUCGAAAUAAUAUCAAUCGGAUUGAAUAUGGGCAUAGACAUGAACGUGGAAGAGCGAUUUUGCAUACAUAAUAAAUGCUCGUCAUAUUGACUGAACGCAACACUUCCUCAUUGGACUAUUACGAGUAU